UGUGAAUAUUUGCACUUCAAAGGUCAUUAAUAUGAAUUUGUUUUCAAUGUAAAUAAGGAAAAAAAAGUGCUCAAAAAACUGAAAAUACAUAUAAAAGUAGAUUCACUAAAAACAAAUUUAAACAAUGAAGCCGAGGAUUUGUCAACUGAGGCUCGCUUCAUUAGGACUUUUCCUGCUUUCAUGGAUACUUCUUAUUUCAAGCAUUAACGCCAGUCAAGCUUUAGAAUUUACAAUAGAGCCUUCAGACAUAGUUGCUCCAGAAGGAAAUUCAGUUCUUUUGCAAUGUGCUGGACGGUCAAAUAAAAAGAUUGGUCAUUUAAAAGAUGGGAAAAUAUCCCCAAACAUAAGAUGGCGGGGACCGGAUGGACAAGAUAUCGGCAUCGACACCUUCAGAGUUCAGUUAACAAAUGGAUCUCUUUAUAUAAGUGCUGUAAAUGAAAAUAGAGGCUUGACCGGAGCUUACCAAUGCUUAUUGCACGUUGAUGGCAUUGGGACGAUCGUCAGUCGAACAGCCAAAUUAUCAAUUGCAGCAAAACCUCAAGUAAAUCAAGAAUCGAACGAAAUUUAUCUUUAUCUUGGACAAACGGCUUAUUUUAAAUGCAUCUCUAGUCAAAGUUUAAUGAACAUUAACGAUAAGAAUUAUAAGAUUCAGUGGCUGAAGGACGACAUGCCACUACGUUUUGAUAACACGCGCAUGAUAAUUCUGCCAACGGGAUCGUUGGAGAUCGACGAGAUAAUAAGUCAAGACCGCGGCUCUUAUCAAUGUAAUAUUUCGUAUGAAAAUUUCUCACGAAUCAGCAGUAAAACCAACUUGAACAUUAAAUCGCCAUCUGGAAAUCCAGAAAAUUUUGCACCUCCUAAUUUUGUUAUCGUGCCAUCAACGCAAACCGUAAAAGAGGGUGAAAAAGUGAUUCUUGAUUGCGCAGCAAAUGGAAAUCCAAAACCCAAAAUGACAUGGCUUCGAAACGGCGAAGAGAUUGAUUUCAAUGACUUAGAUUCACGAUUCAGAAUUAUUGGAACAGGUUCAUUACAAGUUUUAUCAGUAGAAGAUGGAGACAGUGGAGAUUAUCAAUGUCGAGCUAGUAAUACUGUCGACUCUCUCGAUGCUUCAGCGACACUCAAUAUUCAUAUUCCUCCGAAAUUCAUUCAAGCGCCUACCGAUAGAAAAGCAAACGAGAAGGAUGAAUUAGAACUUCCUUGUGCCAUACAUGGCAAGCCUUUUCCUCAAAUAAAAUGGCUGAAAAAUGGAGAUUUAAUCACACCUAAUGACUACAUGCAAAUCAUUAAUGGGCACAACCUUAAAAUUCUCGGACUAAUAAGUUCCGAUUCGGGAAUGUUUCAAUGCAUUGGAAUGAACGAUGUCGGUAGCGUUCAAGCGUCAGCAUUUCUAGAAGUCAUGCCAUUAGGUUCAAGAAAACAUAAACAGAAAAAACUUUUAUCCAUUUUAACAACGACAACUUCAACUACUAAAAUUCCAACAAAGCCGAAUUUAAAAAACUUUGUGAAAAAAACGCAAAAGUUCGAUGAGGGUUCUUACAAGAAUUCAAAACAUUUUUCAAAACAAGCACUCGACAGUUUACUUUCUAACAACAAAAAUGCACAAUUUUCUCCAAGUCGAAUUCAAGACUCGAGUGAUUAUUUGGAGAGGUUGAAUGACAAUCAGCAAUCGGAGCCUGAUGACAAUGAUGAAGAUUACGAAGAAGACGACGAUGAAGGGACAAUUCAUCCAAUCAGCUCCGACAUUGACCCCAACGUUCUUUUACAUACUUUAACACACUCGAAACAUCAUCAGUCGUUUUCAGAUGAUAUUUCUCACUUUUCUAACUCUCGCAUUAUUCCCGUUACACGAAAAAUCUCUCAUUUAGAGGAUAGCAGUCAUUUGUCAGUGCCAUUACCAGGACCACCACGUGUUGUUCAAGCGGCAAUCAUCAAGCCAAGAUUCGUUACACUGACAUGGCAAGAACCUUUCGAGAAUCCUGAUGAAGUUAUUUCUUACACCGUUUACUACAAAAUGAAUAAUAACGAUGCCAGAGAACGGAAGAUCAACACAUUAUCACGAGAUGAACAAGAAGUGAAUUUACAAUCUUUACUGCCUGGAAAGACUUAUCAUGUUCGUGUUGUUAGUAACAGUAAUCAUGGUCAAGGAAAAUCUUCAGAAAUUCUUGAAUUUUCAACACAACCUGAAGAGAAUAUCGCUGGUGCUCCGGAAAAUUUCCAAGCUGCUGCAAUAUCACACCACGAGAUUUAUUUAAAAUGGGAUCCACCAAAAAUAAGCAAUGGCGUUAUAUCAAAAUAUCGCGUUUUCUUUGCUGAAGGAGAAAAUAGUGAAGAUCAACAUUCAGAUACGCCAACAACCGAGUUUAUGUUAACACAACUUCGACCAUACUCCGAGUACACUGUCUCGGUUGUUGCGAUCAAUCAGAAUGGAAUUGGCAAUCCAACUGAAGAAAAGCUAGUUAAAACAUUCUCAAACAUUCCUUCAGAACAUCCAAAAAAUAUUUCAUUGGAGGCAUCAAGUUCACAAUCAAUCAUCAUUCGAUGGGAACCGCCACCAGAAGAAGAACGAAAUGGACCACUCACUGGUUAUAAAAUAAAGUACAGAAAGGUUAAAAAGUCUGGAGUGCAAAUAGAAACGACACCGGGAAAUGUCAAAUUCUUUGAACUUAAAAAUUUAGAUCGUAUGACUGGUUAUCAAAUUAAAAUAGCAGCAAUGACAGUCAAUGGAACUGGGCCUUUCACUGAAUGGCAAAGUAUUGAAACUUAUGAAAACGACUUGGAUGAAUCUCAAGUACCUGGAGAACCUGGUUGGAUUCGAACAAAACCAUCAGCUGACACAAUAAUCGUCACUUGGGGUCCACCAGUGCAACAAGAUAUCAAAGUGCGCGCUUAUAUACUCGGUUGGGGAAAAGGCUUUCCAGAUGAAGUUACACAUGAGCUUGAUGAGAACAGUCGAAGCUAUGAGAUUCGUGAACUUGAGCCAAACAGUGAAUAUGUGAUUGCAUUACGUGCUCGGAAUAAUAUCGGAGAUGGACCCCCAAAAUAUGACACGACAAGAACUCGUGAAGAUAUUUUAACAGAAUUUUCAUUGCCUUUAGAAGUUCCAGUUGGUUUAAGGGCAAUUCCAAUGAGUGGAAGUUCGAUUGUUGUUUAUUGGACCGAUACGACUCUGGGUAAAAGUCAACAUGUGAAAGAUAAUCGAUUUUAUACUGUUCGUUACAGUACCACUGGUUCAACUCGCUAUAGAUAUCACAACACAACUGAUCUCAAUUGCAUGAUCAGUGAAUUAAAGCCCAACACUCAAUAUGAGUUUGAAGUGAAAGUUGUGAAAGGGCGACGAGAAAGUUUGUGGUCAAUGUCGGUUCUUAAUUCGACAAUGUCUGCUGCACCUGCAUCACCCCCAAGAGAUUUAAAUGUCAAGAGUUUAGAUGAUAAGACGCCAUUAAGUGUCUUCUUAAAUUGGCAACCACCAAAGCAUUCAACAGGUCCGAUAACGAAUUAUGUUAUUCUCUACACAACAGACUCCGAUAAGCGUGAUCGUGAAUGGCAAUCAGAGAAUGUCCCUGCUGAUAAGACAUCUGUAAUCAUAAAUCAACUAAAACCACACACGACUUAUUACUUCAAAGUUCAAUCAAAACAUGGAAAGAAUUUUGGACCAUUUUCAGCAAUGGUGUCGCAUACAACAGGAACAGAAGCUGUUGGAUCAAGCAUCAUGUCAAAAAAUUCAAAUGUUCUUCUGACAACUGAAAUAUUCUACGCAUUAUUUGGAGGAAUUGUCCUCUUGAUGGUCAUCAUUGUCAUUGUAGCUUUGGUUAUUUGUUGUAGACGAAAGCCUCAAGAAACACCGGAACAUAAGAAAAGCUACCAGAAGAACAAUGCUGGCAUCAUUAAGCCACCAGAUCUGUGGAUUCAUCAUGAACAAAUGGAACUUAAGAACAUUGAUAAGAUCAAUAUUCACCAAACGACACCAGGUUGCAGCGAUGGAGCAUCAAGCAGUGGAGUUAUGACUCUCCCUAGAUCAAUUGGACAUGACUUUGACAACGACUCACAAUUUCCAACUCAAGUUACAAAUUCCUUAGAUAAACGCACUUAUGUUCCUGGAUAUAUGACGAAUUCCAUGAGCUCAUCUGCCUCAGAUCGUCCAAAUUAUCCCCGAACUCAAUACAAUAUUCCAAGAUCUCAUAUGUCGACAAUCGAUCCUUCAUCAUCACAACAAAAUAUUCAAAAUGGGUCAAUGAUUCAUUCACCUGAAAAUCCUUACGCUUAUGAUGUUGUCCCAACUAAUUAUAGCAAUCCAAACAUGACAUUCACACAAGGUCUUGAUAUGGCCAAACACAGAGGGCAUCCGUUGAAAAGUUUUAGCAUCCCUGCACCUCCUUCAAAUACUCCAAUGAUUCCUAUCAACAAAUCUGGUCCAUCAGUGACAGUGAUACGACCACAAAAUCAAUCACCAUAUAAAAAAUCAGCAACAACAACACCAUCAGCAUCUAAUCGACUUCAAUCGGGAAUUUUUGUAGCGCAUUCAUCAGAUGAAGUGCAGAUACUUCGACCAUCCACUUCAACUGAAGAACUCAAUCAAGAGAUGGCAAAUUUAGAAGGUUUAAUGAAAGAUCUCAGUGCAAUAACAGCAAGUGAAUUUGAGUGUUAGGUUAAAGCAAUAUCAAUGAGUAAUAUCUUCAGAUGUUGAAUGUACCAUGUACAUACUUAAAUAACGAAAUUAUCCUUAACAUUAAUAUUUUAUUUUAUGUUUCCAUAAUUAAUAUUUAUUCAUUAUAAUGAAUAAAUUUUAUCUCUUCCAGUUCAAAGAGAAAUGGAAACAGGAACCAUAAAAUUAUACAAAACGAGUUAAGAAUGUAUAAAAUCAUGAAGGAUACUCAAUUCAAUAUCGCAACGCGAUAUUUCGAAGUUAAUUGAGUUCUUAAUUCAAUCUGAAUGAAAUUUUGUUUUAAUUUUUUGUAUUUUAGAAGAGACGUAAAAGGUCCCAAAGAAAAUAACUUUUUCUCCCGUGAUAACGUGAAAAAGAAAACAAAUAUUUCAAUAGACGAUUUAAAAUUAGAUAUUCUGAUUUUAAAAUGUGAACUUUAAAAGCACCAUCCAUUAACGUUAGCAUAUACAAAACGCAUUUUCAUGUAUUAACUAUAACAAAUUUUACAAAUCUGUCUAAUUAAUUGUCUACAUAAUUCAUUCUGAAAUUUUAUUUAUCUCGUAAAUAUUUCGUCUUCAUAUUUUAAAUUAGGUAAAUCAUAUAAAUUCUUGAUGAAAGUAAAAUUAAAUAGAUAUGCCUAUGUAUUCAACAACUUGUGAAAUGAAAAUUUUAUGAAGUAGGUAAUAAUCAAAGCAUCGACUUUUAUACCAUCACGAGAACACUAAAAUAAACAAGGAAUUUUUAAUCAAAUUAGAUUAAGUAAUUAAAAUAUUAAACCAGCUAAAUAGGAUAAAUUUUAUACACAAUUAGAUUCUAAGAAAAAAUAUUUUAAUUUCUUCCCCACGCGUGGCCACGGUCAAUGGCUGGCUCUAAAAUAUAUUUUUUACUGAAAACUUUUCAUUUUAGUUCUAUUUCGUUGUGAGAGGAUGUAGAUAAGUAGCUACUUUUUAUUUGUGAUUUAAUUAAUUUAAUUAAGUUUACUUAGAGAAAAGUGCAACAUUUUGUAAAGUAUCUGCAAAGAUUCAUAAAAACUUUUUGGUAAUUUGAAAAGUAAUUCAAAUUGAGCAAAGGUUUUGAGUACAUAAAUAUUAAUUUUUUAUUACGAAAACACAAGUAUAGCCAAUAACAAAACGAUUUGUUUAGUACUUUUGUGCCAUUUUUACUCUUAUCUUUAUGUUAUUCAUUUCAUAUAUAAAACAAAAACACGUCACAAAACAAAAUUGAAAUUAAUGUAAAAAUAAACAAAACAAAUAAAAUUUUGUAAAUUCUUUCGCAUUUGUUAUUGUUCUUAAUUUUUCAUUUAAAAUUUAUAUUUAGAAUCAGAGUUUGGCUCCAUCACCAAA